GACGUUUGCUUUUGCCUGUAGGAAGUGUUUAGGAGCGACUACCAGGCCAAGCGACCGCUGGGAAGCGUACUGGGCAAGUGUCACGUCAUGUUCGUCAAGAACUACUUCACCAGCCGGCCGGAGGGCUUCCAAGACAAGGACGUGUUCGUCUGCGAGUCACGCUACAGCGUCAAGAGCCGCAGCUUCAAGCCAAUCAAGAAGUGGCAAGCGCCCGUCAACCCGCACGUCGUCGUCGUCGCCCGCGACUGCCCCCUGGUGCCGACGCGCGUCCCGUCCGUCUUCGCUCCGAAGAAGGCCUACGACGCGAGCGGCUUCCACGGAGAGUUCAUGAUCAUCGACAAGGACCGACCGAACGUGUCGUGCAACGUUGCGAACCCGGACGAGGGUUGCAGCUACUACGACCAGUACAACAUUCCGCUGGGCACGUUCAAGCUGGGUGACUGCGUGUAUGUGCGCUCGGAGAGCGAGCGACCCUACAUCGCUCGCAUAGACGAAAUGUGGGACCGGCACCAGCAGGGGAGAGGUGUUUCCUCCAGCUCGUCGAGACACGAACCCAUGCUGAGCAUCACGGGCAAGUCUGGGCCGUGCCUCUCAUUACCGCUGACUACAAACUCAUGUUGUGAGGCAGUGCCGGAGGAGGGUCGCGGGGCCUGCGCUCCGACGGAGGCUGUGAAGCCGAGCAGCGGGGACGUGUACGGUGUGCGACCUCGUCGGCUACCAGGAGGGCGCUGA